UACAGGGCGGAGGAGACGGUGUGCAAUGGGUCUAAUAGAAUCGUUCAUUCAGUCUGUACACAGAAUUUAUUAACAAUCCGGCGGCAAAAAAAAUAAAAGGUUUGAGAGAUAUUUCCUCAUAGGCUUUGUAUUCAAGCCCACAAAACGUACACAAAGCCAAUGGUAAUUCUAUGUGAACUACCCGUACUACUGAUCUGAAUGGAAUCAAUAUAAUGAACCUAAUUCAAUCAUCGAUCAGCGUCAACGCAUAGUGCUCUUUCUUUGAUUAAACUGAUACAACGAUAUAUCGAGCUUUUAUUAUAACUUCGACGUCUGGAUAUCUUUAUAAAAUAAUUUUUUUAUCAUGUUACUUCUGCUUAUAUUUGGGGGCGAACUGCCUUCCAUUUUGAAAUAUUUAGAAAUUAUAUUUGACGUGCAUAGAUUUUCAUCUCCAAGUGAUAGAAGAUAUCGUACUCUCAUUGUCUGUCUACUGUGAGUUGAAAAAAAAGAGUUUGCACAAAGCACAGUCGAACUACUGUGUUCCGCCCUUCCGUCCUCAUGUUGGUAUUGUUGUCACUGUUAAGAUACUGUUGCCGAAUCAGCCAUGAUAAUGCCUAUAUGAAAUCAUAAGGGUAAUUAUUGUACUACAUUGAACUACUAAUACUUAAAUGGACAGUUCAGACUUACAGACAAGCAAUCGACCACUAAGAUCACCAGUCCAUCAUUUCUAGAACUGAUCAUUGAAACGACGCAACCAAUGAUGGAUGAAAGUACUCGAAAUGAUUCCACGAUUGUCAAUGGACUAUCGAAUGAAAUGCAGGUUAGACUUGAUGCAAAUACGACAAUCCUUGUAAGUUUUUCAUGGAGUCCAAUGGAUUGGUCAUGGUCGGUUAUCCUGCAACUUAUUUCUGCAAUCCUUGGCAUUUUAGGAAAUCUCCUAGUGAUUGUUGUUCUUUUUAAUCGCAGGAAGAAAAACAGAUCCACAGAUACCUUGAUCAGUUGUCUUGCUGUUGCAGACUUCUUAACUUCAGUGAUGCUCAUACCAAACCCUUCGCCAACGUACAUUCCAAACACCUGGCUGGGUGAGCUCUACUGCAGAUUUGUUUUCACACAAAGCCUCCUCUGGGCGUCCAUUACGGCCUCGACAUAUCUCCUGAUAUCUAUAUCUGUUGAAAGGUACAUUGCUGUGGUAUAUCCUCUUCAUGUCAAGCGCCUCAUUACUCGGCGUCGUAUCUCGAACUUAAUCUGUCUUAUCUGGAUCCUGUCUGUCUUAUCUUUACUCUUCGUCUUCUUUGUGCAUUCAGUUGACGCUUUCACCAACAAGUGCAAAGAACAGUAUCUAAACCGCUACACAAAACUUAUUAUAGCUUAUUACUGGUUCUGUCUGCGUCUCGUUGUGCCAUGUUUCGCCAUGCUAAUCACACAGGUUCUAAUUGCUCGUAAGCUAAGUCAUCAAUCUAACAACGCUCAAGGAAUGACUACCCAUCUCUCCAAAAGCAACCCAAUGCCGUCACUCCACAUUGUGGCCAGAGAACGUAUCCUAAAGAUGAUGGUCAUUGUCAUUCUAGUCUACUUUAUCUGCUGGACUCCGAACCAGAUUGCUUACCUUGGUUAUAAUAUUGGGUGGGUUCCUGAAUCCUACCUUAACAGUGAUCUCCAUUCAAUGCUUACCGUUCUUGGAUUCUAUAACUCCUGCGCAAACCCGAUCAUCUAUGCGGUUAGGUACCCUGAGUUUAAGGAAGCUCUGAAAGACAUGGUCACUCGAAACUCCGAAAGAAAUAAUGCACUUGGAAGAGGUGUCAUUGACAUAAGUACCGUGGGUGGCACCAAAAUGGCGGCAAAACUUUAGGAUCGCAUCAGGUCUGUUGAAAAUAUGACCCUCGUCACUGAAAUGAAAACAUUAUGCCAAGUUUGUUUUUGUUUUGUUUAAGGUUGAUAGCCGUCUAUAAACAUAACUGGGCUAUAUAUUUUUCACCUGUAUUAUAUAUCCUACACAACAAUGUUAAUUUGAUGUAUAAUGUUAUGAAAUCAAAUGAAACUAAGUUUUAUGUUUUUACUUUUCAACAUAUUCGAGUUAAAAGUCAGAGUCUUAUCGCUAGUUGAUAUUCUUUCUGUUUUAUUGGUAUUAUGUAUUUUUUUCAUAGGUCAAAAUACAGCUUUUCUCUUCACGCUCAGUUGCGUGGUUAGGCCAAUUUAAACAAAUAAUGCUUUCGGCAUCCCUCUCCACCAGUAGUAUAGGGAUAUCUAUAACGUCAUAACUUUAUUUGUUUUAUGAAUAUGAAUGUAAAUUCAUUCAUGUUUGAAAUAUAGAUAUGGAUAUGACGUCAUAAUCAUGAAACUGUUAUGAAACUGUUUAAAUAAAAAUGAUAUGGUGGCAUUUUGUUGCAGUAAAAUCAUUUGAAUGGUCUUUCAGAUAAAAUUGAACAUUCUAUUGAUUGUAAUCAGAUGAAAACAACAACUCUGUGUAUUGUGAGAACGGUAUGGAAUAUGUGCACUUACUUUUUACUAUUUACUAUUCAUUAAAAAUAUUUAAUAUCUAUUCAUAUAAUAUUAUACUAUUCCUCUCAUAUAUAUUUUCACCAGUCAAAUCGUUUGUUUUUGUUAUUUUAUAAAGAUUUAUUUUAUUCUGUUUUACAUUACUUUCUAUUUAUUCGUAUUA